AUGGCCCGCCUGGCGCGCGCAAAGCGCUGCCGGCGGGGCCACUGGGCCGAAGCCUACCUGUCGUGCGCGACGCGCUGCUGGUGGGACCUCCAGGGAGUGCCGCCGCCGCAGGGGCAGGCGUGCAAGAGUGUUGCCGCCGCCGCCUGGCCGGACGCCGACGCUCGAAGCGAGCACGGAGCAGCGGGGCAGCCAGUCGAGAUCGUCGCGGGAACGCUUGUCACCGUUGCGGACCCGAUCGCAGACGUCUACGCGCCGCACCACCCGGAGCAGCUGGAGGUGCCCGGCAGCAUUGCCGAGGUCCCCGACGGCUACGACCGCGGCCACGGCGGCAGCGACGUCGGCAAUGACUUCGAAGGCUUCCCCGGCGGCCAUGCCGUCAACAACAUCGACGAUACGCUUGUCAGAGCGCUGCGCGGACGGCCGCAAGUUCGGCGCGACGCUGCGGGCGAGUUCGGCGCGACGCUGCGGGCUGGCGAGUUCGGCACGACGCUGCGGGUGUUGCGGCUGAUUCAGCGAAAAGCGGCAAGCCUGGGCCUCGAGCUGAACUUGGGCAAGUGCGAGGUCAUUCCCACGGCUGGGCGCAACACGGAGUGCAACCUGGCCGAGUUCCCCGCCAUUGUCCAGCGGAAAGUCGACGGUUGUUUCAAAUUGCUGGGCGCUCCUGUCGGUGGUCAAGAGCAUUGCGCAGAGCACGUGGAGGUGAAGAGAGUGCAGAAGCUGACCGCGCUGCUCGACGAGGUGCCAUUUUUGGAGGGCGCCCAGGUCGCCCACAAGUUGCUUUCUCGAUGUUUUGGAGCUGCAAGACUGAUGCCGAAUAUGCGGACGACGCGGCCCGACUGGAUAACGCGUGGGCUGGAACGGAGCCAGCAGGCUCGCAGGUCGACGUUCCAGAUCUGCACAGGCACAGGGCUGAACGAGAGUCAGUGGCAGCAGAUAGACGCUGCCUUCUCGUGGGACGGAGACUGCGAUGCCAGAACCAUGGUAGCAGCUGCCAACCUCUACAAUGUUGGCGCCCGCCAGGAGCACCACAUCACAAGCGAGGAUUUUGCUGCCGACGGCUCCUUCCCCAGCCAGCGGGCUCGGUCAAUGAAAGUGGACGAGCGUCUUUCGGACCAGCUGAUCGCUGCGAGCCCAAACGCCCACAAGGCGAGGCUCCGCGCAGCCAGCGCGCCGCACGCGAGCGCAUGGCUGCAGGCCCAGCCGUGCAGCGCCCUCGGGCAGCGCAUGUCCCACUUCGAGUUUCUGGCGGCCGUGCACAACGCCUUGCGCGAUCAGGUCCACUCCUUUGCGCAUGCUGCGGGCCUCCAGGCCGAGAAGGAGGAGAGCGGGCUGCUGCCAGAUGACCCUCGCCGGCGGCCGGGCGACAUCAAUUUCCCGACUUGGCCGCUUGGCCCGCCCUUGGCCCUCGACUGUGCCGGGGAGAAGCUUGCAGACAGAGAUACUGGUGUACGCUGCGAGCAACUUGGCAUCCGCCUAGCCCCAAAGGUCGUGGAGUCCUUCGGCGGAUGGGGCGAGAUGGCGCAAGACGCGCUCUGGGCCUUGAUUCAUGCCCGCGCAGCGCGCAGUGGCGAGACGGCGAAACGUCAGGAAGAGGCCAGCGCCCAGAUCGACUGA